AUGGUAGUGACAUGGGGAAAACCACUGCGAGAACCUGGAUUGACUAUGUUCAAUAUAACAUGGAAAGAAUGUAUUCAGGAAUGUUGGAUGGAUUCUAAUUGUGUGCUAGUCUACGACACGUCUCCUACUUGCCAAAAGUAUAGCAUUGAAAUCAUCAAUACUGUUGAAAAGUUACCACCAAAUAGUGGUAAUCGGAGUGACGUUCAACGAGAUUCCACGAUAUAUGUAACUAACCAGUAUAUUCCAAUCAAUAUCACUUUAGAGAACAGCAUUUGGACGUUUACCCAAAGAAAUGCGGCAUUUGCCUGUCCUAAUUUAGCAACACCUAUCAGAAGAGGGAACAACAUUUGGUGCAUGGUGGCGAUGGCCACUGGUAAUUGUAUCAAUCGGACACAAGCCGAAGCAUCUUGCGUGUCGAUGUACAACAGAUCAGUAGCCGGAGUUGCAAAUAAAGAGGAAUACGAAUUUCUGAAAAAUGCUGCAAUGAACCAUUUGACGAAUCCAUCAGACUAUACAGUACCUCCUGGAUAUACUCGUCUCGGAUUUUGGAUUGACGGAAUCAGAAAAACAGAAUGUAAAUACCCCUCGACAAUAGGAGUGUCUUGCAAUGGAACUAAUGAAUUCUACUAUAAUGAUUCAUUUGCACAAACCCCUGCUCUUGAUUGGAACACAGGACAACCUGAUGGGCUGUCAAAAAGAACUAAUGACGAUUGUGUUGCAUUAUUGGUGCAAACAGGAAAGUCUGGAAUUGAAGAUAUCGGCUGUGAAGUGAAGGAGAUAACUGAAAGUAAGCUCUGUAUGGUUGGAUAUUUUUGUGGAAAAUCAAUUGGACAAGAUACAUGGGAACUGAACUGA